AGGCAAAAAAGGCCUUGCUAGCUCCAGCUGGAUGUCAGUGACGCUCAGAGAUCACUGAAUCCUCACACAACUCAGCAGGCAGAGACGUCCUGUGCUCCACCAAAUACUGUGUCUAUCAAGGAAUUUUUAAAAAUCUCUGAAGAGUAAUCAGUAUAUGAAUGAAACACUGGACAGGUUCAGAGGCCAACAUGGCUGCACACAGCCACUUAGCUCUCUCAGAUGGGUACUGCCUUGCAGAGCCACCCCAGCUUUAUGAGGUUCUGACAGAUCAGAUCAGCUACCCACUUCAAGAUCCAGAUCUGCCGAUGACUCCAUACAACCAGUAUCCCAGCAUGCAAUUCUCCACAAUGGCGACACCCCAGCCACAAACACACUAUUCUAGCCACAAUUAUUAUCCACAGUAUUCACCAGAAGGACAUUAUUCACCUAACUCAUAUGAGCUAACCAAACCACAAUACCUGGGCCCCAGUGAUGCUGAUGCAGGAAUGCCUGUGAUGAAAAGACCUAGACUCAACCAUUCAUCUUUGCGAAUAAAGGGUGAGGAGGAGCUGUGUGUGGUGUGUGGCGACAAAGCCUCAGGGUAUCACUAUAAUGCACUAACCUGUGAAGGAUGCAAAGGAUUCUUCCGCCGGAGUAUCACCAAGAAUGCUGUAUAUAAAUGUAAGACUGGUGGGAAUUGUGAAAUGGAUAUGUACAUGAGGAGGAAAUGUCAGGAAUGUCGACUGAAGAAAUGUAAGGCAGUGGGAAUGCUGGCAGAAUGUUUGCUGACAGAAAUCCAAUGUAAGUCCAAACGUUUGCGGAAAAACACCAAGCAAGUCAUGGACCUUUUCUGCAGCAUAAAAAUGGAGGAAGAUGGGGUUGACAGCAAACAGAUUUCAUCUACAACCAAGGCUGGGAAGACCCAGGAGAGAGUAGAGUUCACACCUGAACAACAGCAGCUCCUUGAUUACAUUGUGGAAGCUCAUCACAAGUACCGAAUACCCCAAGAAGCAGCAAGAAAAUUUCUACUGGAACUUGCAAAUCCUGUGGAGGAUUUCCUCCGGCUCACAGAGAAUGCCACGCUGCAUGUUGAAGUAUUAGUGGAGUUUACUAAAAGAUUGCCAGGAUUCCAGACAUUAGACCAUGAAGACCAGAUUGCGUUGCUAAAAGGUUCCACUGUGGAAGUGAUGUUCCUCCGGUCUGCACAGCUGUACAAUCAGCGCUUCACACAGAUUAGUCACCAAUUUAUCCAGGACACUGAUCAUUAUUCCACACUCUCUGGGUGCUGUCAUAACCAGUGCUUUGAAGAGCAUAUUCCAGCUGUUAUGAUGGAGCAGUCCCAUCUGGAUGAAGUCUCGAUUAUAGUUCCAAAUUGUACAUUAGGUACAGCUGAAGAAUUUAUAACACCGAUGUUCGAUUUCUACAGAAGUAUGGGAGAGCUGAAUGUGACGGAUACUGAAUAUGCCCUACUUUCUGCAACCACAAUUCUUUUUUCAGAUCGACCCUAUAUAAAGAAUAAAAUACAUGUAGAAAAGCUGCAGGAGCCUCUUCUGGAGAUUUUAUACAAGUACUCCAAAAUCCAGCAUCCAGAGAGUCCACAGCGCUUUGCUCGGCUGUUGGGUCGCCUUACUCAACUUAGAACGCUUAACCACAACCAUUCAGAAGUACUGAUGUCAUGGAAGAUGAAGGAUCAGAAACUCACACCCUUGCUCUGUGAAAUUUGGGAUGUACAGUGAAGGAUUAUCACAAAAUUUGAUAGGUGUUUUUGGACUGGUCAGCUCAACUGCAAACCAAGCUUUUUUUUUUGCAUUGCAAAACUAUAAAAAAUAUUGAUGUAAGAUCUCAUCUUAAUUUUCACCUGUCAGCAGCUACUGUGUCAGACUAUGUGAAAGGCAAAUCUAGUUACUGAAUAUAACAGGUAUAGUUAUUACAGUAACUGAUGCUUUUGUUUUUAUAUGUAACUUUUGUUUAUUAUAUUGACCAACAGCUCUUAUUUGGUUUGUGACCAACCACUUUGCCAUUAUAUUUUUACUUCGUAAAGCAUUUUUUUCUUAAUCAGUGUAAGACUGGUCUGCCAGUAAUUAAGACAGUUUGUAAUUCACAUUCCUAAAACAAGACCUGGAGUUUACAGGAAAGUUUAAGCUGAGCACCAGCUGAAAAAGCAGCCUUUUAGAUAGCUACAUUCUCCAAAUGUAUCUGAAUUGCCAAGUAAUCUGUUUUUAAUUUUGAUAUGAAUUUACAUAAAAUAUCACAAGAUGUAGGAAUAAAUAUAUGAAAUUACAAAAUUACAUUUCAAAUUGUUUUAACAAAUCUGUUGUAUGUGAGUAUUUCAGAGAAGAAAAAAUGCAACAUAUCUUCAAAUGCUAGAAAUUAAGAAUAUUCAAUAAACUAUUAUGUUAUAGAAUAUUUGUGAAUUUUAAUUGAAAACAAUGGGCAUUAAUAGAAUUUAUUAUGAGUGAGGAGCUUUAGGGGAUUUUACCAGGAGUUACUUUAAGAAUAUGACUUUUUAUAAGAAAAUAUUAUAAUGAUAACUUUUUGCUGUAAGACAAACUUAAUGAAUAGCUGGACAUGACAGCACAAGGGAGCUUUAAUUGUCACUUGUUUCUAAUGCUUUCUGAUAAGUUUAAGUCUGUAUUUAAGAACUGUAUUGUGACACUCUUCAUGGGUAACCCAUGUUAUAUAUAAUGUCAAAUUCAAUUUGUAAAUAUUGGCUAAAUACACAAAAUGACAAGUGUCUGAUAGACAAUGAUCCGAUGUAAAUGAUUGUGAGUACCUGAAAGCUUAAAACUCUCUCACAUCACCAUGAUAGAGCAAUAUUUGGUGGUGUUAUGUGUAUUCACUGAAUAAAGUCAGCCAUUAUAUAAUUA